AUGGCCAAGAGGGUGGCCAUCGUUGGAGCUGGCGUCAGUGGCUUGGCCGCCAUUCGGUGCUGCCUGGAGGAGGGGCUGGAGCCCACCUGCUUUGAGAGGAGCGAUGACAUUGGAGGGCUGUGGAAGUUCUCGGAGCACGCAGAGGAAGGCAGAGCCAGCAUUUACCGGUCCGUCUUCACCAACUCUUCCAAAGAGAUGAUGUGCUUCCCAGACUUCCCGUACCCCGACGACUACCCCAACUACAUGCACCACAGCAAGCUCCAGGAGUACCUCCGGGCCUUUGCUCACGCCAAGAGCCUCCUAGGAUACAUACGGUUUGAGACUCUGGUUACCAGUGUCAAGAAAUGUCCUGGCUUCCUAGUCACUGGCCAAUGGACGGUGSUUACUGAGAAGGACGGGAAGCAGGAAUCUACUGUUUUUGACGCUGUGAUGAUUUGCUCAGGACAUCACGUGUACCCCAAUCUGCCAACGGAUUCUUUUCCUGGCCUGGAGCAGUUACAAGGCAACUACCUCCACAGCCGUGAUUACAAGAGCCCAGAAGCCUUCAAGGGGAAGAGGGUCCUUGUGAUCSGCCUGGGGAACUCGGGAUCCRACAUUGCUGUUGAGCUCAGUCGUCUGGCUGCACAG